UUCUUGGGUGUACGUCAUUUAUUUUUGAGAAUAAAACAAAAUAAUGUCAAUUGCUCACCCUGGUGGCUUAGGUUAAAACUCGAAUUGUUCAUGUGUCUUAAUAUUAAUAUCAAAUUUUAACCAUCUGUAUUCUGUACUCUCAUUCUGUUCAUUCAUUUUGAAGUGAUAGUACGUAUAUUGAAUGCCAGUGCUCUUAUAUGUAUGGGUACUAGCUAGACUAGACUAUACACCUUGAGUGCUUUGGAGAAUUGGAGGUAGGAAGCGAGUAGGGACAGGUUAACGGUUGUUGAGGAAAGGUGUUUUAAGAUUGGAUUGGAAAGUUGCACUAGACGCUUCGGAAUUAACUGACAUCAAUUCGAGACUGCUUUUAUUUUAGUAAAUUGUGAACUGUCGAACACCAUAACACCUUCAACCCUGCAACAUCUAUUUUCGGUCCAUAAAAAGUAUUACUUUUGAGUCGGAGAUUUCAAAGUAGUUACGUGUAUAUAUUUUAAAGUGAAUCUUGAGUACAUAUUCAUUUUUUAUCAAAAUCAGUUAGAACGAAAUGAGUACAUGCAACAAAUAAUUAAAUUUUAAUACACAUUACGUCAAGAACUAAAUAAAAACUUCAAACCCAUAGAAAGCUGAAUUACUGUUUCAUUUUUACCUUUAGACAACUUCGAAAUUUUGAACUUCACAUUAUUCAAACAGAGAAUUAUGGAGACUCUGGAAGACAGUCUUAAAUGUAGAAUAUGUGGAAAAAUUCCUGGAGAACCAAUUGAUAUUUAUAAUUCAUCUACAAAUUAUAAGGACAUAAUGAAUACUAUUUUACCUAUUUGGGUGCAUAAUAGUGAUGUACUACCAAAAAAAUUAUGCCCCCCAUGUUGUCUCAAGUUAGAACAUUUUUAUGCUUUCUAUCAACUUUGCACUAAAACUGAUGAAGAUUUUAAAAGUCAAUUGUCAUGGAUGAAGACUAGCCCUAAAAAAGAAACCAUUACGAUGGUAAAAAUGGUUCCUUUCAAAGUUAAAGCUACAUCUCAUGAAAAUAAUGAUCCUGAAAAUUCUUCAAAAAAAGUUAAUCGAAUUAAAUUAGAUCAAUUGGUAUUUCCUGUCUCUACAACACAAGAUUCACAUAAAAUAAGUCCUAUUGUAUCAUGUUCUCGUUGUCGCUGUACUUGUACUCCAUCCCAAGUAUCUAAGUUAACUAAAAAUAAUUCAAAAGAAAAUCACUGCAUUACAAUACCAACAAAUAAAACUAAACAGUAUGACUCAAAUUCAAAAAUAAACAAUUCAACUAAUAGUUCCACAUCAGAAAAUUCAGGAGUUAGUUUAAGACCAAGAAAAACUAGAUCACCUGAUGUAAAAAUAUCAAAAAAUAAGAAGUCUUUCAAUUUGAAAUCAAGGUUGAAAAACAACCGAUCUAUUCUAAGCAAUUCAUCAUUAGUAAAAUCUGUAGAUAAAGUAAAAACUAAGUUAAGUCCAUCUGCAGAUACUAUAUGCGUUAGAUUAGACAAUUGUGAUUAUUUAGUAAAUUCUUACAAACAAAAUUUAACAAAAACAUCUGAGAGCAUAGAAAAUAGUUGUGAGUCAACAAGAUCUCUCGAUAAGUCAAAGUUGUGCUCGCAAUUAAAGGAAACGUCUUCAAAAGUAGUCAAUAAAAGUGAUAAUCUUAAAUUACGCAGUUCCAAGUUUUCAAGUAAUUUGAAAGAAGAUGAUGAAGUUAUAGUUAUAUGUGAUACCUAUUCACGUAAAGAAAAAGAUGCUGACCAGUGUAAAAGAAGGAAAAUUCCAAAACCUUCAAAUGCUAAAUCGUUAACUGGCCUAAAAUUUGUAUGUGAAGCAUGUGAUAAAAGUUUUGUUAAAGAAGAGUUAUUAAAAUUGCAUAAAUUACAUGAA